GUGAACUGCAGCCAGCAACUUAUUGCUCUUGCUCGAAGCUGUGCACACGAGUAGGUUACAAGAGAAUGAACGCGAUGGCCAAGUUAUUUUCUGUUCUUUGCUUUGAAGUAAAAAGAAGUUGGACAUACCAGGCAGUGAUAUACUGUUAACGAACAUCCAGACAUCGUCCACGCUGCUGAGAGAGACGUUUAGAUGAAUAUGUAACCUAUGUGCACUUUCUUCUCUCAAUAACAAAAUAACAAAAAUGACAGCGGUGAGAAAGCAGCAGUUAAUCUGAUCAUAGCGAUGUGGAUAUGUGUGCACCAGCUCUGCAAUUCACCGGCAUCUUGUCGACAGAUGAGGGUUAUUCUGGGAUUGAACUCCUAGACCUGCUCCUCGAGCCUCAUAAGGUCUCUCAUAUGGAGAGCGAUGGUGACCAUGACAACCCAGCGUGGUCAAUCACAGAUCAAAGCAUUCAUGGUGAAGCUGUUGUUGAUAACUUCCUGGACUCCCUGCUGCAAGCGUCAGACAGCGUCAUGCCAAAGCCCUGCUCUCCUCUCUGGGUCCCCUCACCCUGUGACAGUGGAAUCAGUGACGACCCGUCCGACCACCUGGACAGCCCGCCGCCGCCCACCAGCCCACUCUUCGACUCCAUCUUCCUCCCUCAGCAUCCUCAUCUUCUUCCUCAGCGUCUUCAGCAGCAGGCUGCACAUGCCACAAACAUAGAGCCUGAUAUCUCCAUUGAUCUGGAUUGGGAGGCCUGCCUGUUCUCUGACGGUCUGACAGACUCUCAGUGCACGUCAGCAGUGGCGAGAACUCAACCAACCCCCGUUUACCAGCUCACCAUAAAAGACCUGCUGCUCUCCAACAUUGGAGAACCGACAAAACCCUCCUCCCAGCAAUCCCAGCAAGAACUGAUUCUCAAUGAAGAUGAGAAGAAACUUUUAGCCAAGGAAGGAGUCAGUCUUCCCAGCCAACUGCCUCUUAACAAGUAUGAAGAAAAGGUUCUGAAGAAGAUUCGAAGGAAAAUCCGAAACAAGCAGUCGGCACAGGAGAGCCGCAAGAAAAAGAAGGAAUACAUAGAUGGACUGGAGGGCAGGAUGGCUGCCUGUAGCACUCAGAACAUGGAAUUACAGCGGAAAGUCCUCCAGCUGGAGAAGACCAACACGUCUCUGAUGGAGCAGUUACGUCGACUGCAGUCACUGGUGAUGAAUGGCUCCUGUAAACCGGCUCAAACGGGAACCUGCAUCCUGGUGCUAGUCAUCUCUUUCUCUCUCAUUCUCAUCCCGAGCCUCCAGCCCAUCUCACACAGGAGGGCCGCUGACCCCGGGGACUUCAGCACUGUGAAAGUUCAGUCCAGGUCACUGCGCUCGGUGAUGGAGGUCUACAGCAUUCAGCCUGGCUAUUCAGUCAACAGAGAUGCGGAUGUGUCCUCGUCCCCUCGCAGCAAGCUUCAGCUCAGGCCCGAGUACGCCGACAUGGACCGUCUACAUCACAACCAUAGUUACGGAGACCGUGAGCAUCACCACAGCGACCCCAUCACCGGCAACGCUGCCUCAGUGAGCUGGGUAUCGCAUCACGAUAAAGACAGGAAGUGAUGUAACCGACUGGUGCAUAUUAUACCAGACUUUUGACUAUGGCAACGCUGCUCAUUCCGGCCACAUAUCAGAUGUGCAGACCGUCUGCAACCAACCAGUUUGUUUUGCUUCUAAGUUGCAUUUAGUUGUGCGUUUAUCUGAAUAGAUUUGACCACAAUAACAGACUGGAAUGGAAACAUAAAUCAUGCUUUAAUGAUGCAGCAGCCUAUGCAAAAAAUAAAAUUGUACAGAAAACACACAAAAAAUUGUAAAAUAGUGUAAAAUAUUCCAAGUUUAUCAGAAUAUUUGUUUUUUACACAAUAACAUAAUGGAAUGGGAAAAUAAAUACGUCAAAUAUUGUAACAGCGUAUGCAAAACAAAAAAUAGUGUAAAAUGUGUAUAGAGAAAAGUGCUUAUUUCACAGACGCUUAAAGGAGACCUAUAAUGCUCCUUGUACAAGAUGUAAUACAACAACAACAGCAACAAAGCUGGAGAAUCUCACGCAGCCAAAAUGACGUUUGUCAGUAACGAAUGGUGUUCAUUACAUUGUUCAAACCGGAGUCGGACACUGAUGGAGAGACUUAUAGAAUGCAUUUCAAUGUUUCUGAAUGAUUAGUGGAUAAAUUUAUGUAGUUGCUGUGGAGUCGAUUCAACUCAUCGACUAGCAUGUGCCGUCAUGUUAAUCUUUUAUGCAAAUCCAGCAUUGAAUUGACCCUCGUUUGUGAAGCAGUCCGGCG